UUCGCAUCGAAUCUUUUUUUCUCUCAAAUAAGAAAAGAAAAAUCUGGAGCAUUUCUUCCCCCUAUGAUGGGUGAGAAAAGCAUCUUUUGAAACUAGUUCAACAGAUUAGAAUGCAGUCUUCAAAAGGUCAAUAUCGUGGGAUGACACUUCAAGAUGUUGGAUUAGUAGUAGAUCAUGUAGAUCGUAGUACUUUAUAUGAUUUGCUGGAGGCGAUGAAUGAAUAUUUUCAAGAGAUCACAAUUUAUCUAUUACUAUCAAAUGGAGCAGAUGGGAAUGAAAUUGAUAAUGAACUUAAUAGUAUUCUCCAAGAAGCUAUUAUAAACAUCUAUGUAUUUUUAGGUACUGAAAAUAUGCUACUUGAGUUUAAGGCUAAUGGCUGGGUAGGAUUUUUAGACAAGAAAAUGCCUGUAGCGAAGCUUUUGUUACAGUAUAUUCUCAUCAAGAGAAUAUCAAAUGCUGAACUAGAACCAAACUUGACUGAUUUUAGUACCUAUUCUUCUUUGUUGAGUUUGAAAUUUUGUGAGCGCUUACCAUUUUAUGACGAGUUGGUUGCAUACAAACAGGGUUGCUUAAAAGAAUUAAAUGCAAUGAGGGGAGAAAGGAUAAGUAAAAAUUAUACUCUAUUUUCGUACAUAAAUGAGCGAUGCUGUACUUCAAAAGUAAAUGAAGAUGAUUUAAAGACAUCUCUUACUAAACAAGUUUUAUCAAAAUUUUAUCAAUAUCCUUAUUGUAAAGAUCUUUUUAUUGCUUCUUUGAAAAAGAGUUGCAUAUUAGAGGAAUUAUGUAAUGAGAAAAUUUACGCUUGGCAGCAGAUAUUCGAUUGUUCUUUAGAAAAAUAUAAAGUGCAUUUANGUAAAGAUCUUAUCAUUGCUUCUUUAAAAAAAAGUUGCAUAUUAGAGGAAUUAUGUAAUGAGAAAAUUUACGCUUGGCAGCAGAUAUUCGAUUGUUCUUUAGAAAAAUAUAAAGUGCAUUUAAACAGUGAUACAAUUCAAGCAUUGACAACAUAUUUAUCCGAAAGUGAUAUGAUCAAUCUCACUCUAGCCUACAGAUGUGGUUAUGAAGCUUCUUAUAAUCAACAAAGAGAGUAA